AUGACUUCUUCCGAUGCAUUAGUCGUCAAAUUCGCAGUGGAUGUCACUGACCGCCUGGCUACAGUAGCGCGGGGUAUUGGAGGAAGCGAAGACGGGCUCUUCUGUCCAGCGUUAGCCGCGGCGCUCUGGCUGGUGAGCCAGCACCUGAAAGACCAGAAGGAACCCGACUCGGUGCAUGUCCCACGUCUACUGAAGCUACUGAAUAAUCUUGAAAGAAUCUGCAAGCCUACAACCGGCCCAAGUCUGCUGAAAGAACCAAAGAGUGACUUCGAACUCGCUCAACGGUACCCUGGGCUCAAUCUACUUCAUCAGAAUAACCGCAAAAACGCUGUCGAUGGCGUGCGUAAGUUAGCUUUACGGCGGAGUCCCGAAGGAAAAAAGAAGCAGCAGGGUCUACUGAGAAUCCUUGACACCUUUAUCAAACCCCUCGCAAUUGCAGAUGAGAUGCCAAAUGCGAAAACAAAGACUCAAGUUUGGGUUGGAGAUGACUUCACUGGGUCAAUGAGGACCCUAUACAAGGUGCUUUCUUCAUACAUCCAUUGUAGUAACGGGAGUGAGCAGACUCAGAUCGCAGGAAGACUCCGGCUGGCACUUGAGUUGGUGCCCGAAUCAGAUUCCCCGGUGUUCGAUCUAAUGUUUCUUGCGCAUCCGCAUCGCGAGUUGGAAGAAGAGUCUUUCCGAUGGCGCGAGACUCGCAUCUUAGUGGAUCGCAGAAAGGCGAAGUUUUCUGUUGCAGACGACAAGGAAUUGCAACUUCAAAUCAACGGCCCGAUGUGUAUCGAAGACUUUUGUGAGAGGAUCAGUACAAGAGAGCAAUACCAAUUGUCCCUCAAAGUAGCGGACAAACAACUCCAUUUUGUUGAGUGGUGCGAAGGCGCAAGGAUUUGGGUGCCAAAUACACCCUCCGUGUCCCUUUCCGCGAUACUCAAGAACCACAAGCUAUCACAGAAGAUGAAAUAUCUGCUCUCCUACCUCCUAGCUAAGUCCAUGUGGCAAUUCUACUCAACCGACUGGUUGGGUAAGGAGUGGACGAAAGAGAGCAUCCACUUCAUGUUUGAACACCGCCAGAGCCCCAAGGACGCUGGUAUAUACUUGAAUGAGCCCUUCAUCUCAGCUCACUUCGACCCAGACAACAACACUAAUGAUUCUGAUUUCAGACCGCACAAGUUUCCCAAGAUCAAGGCUCUUGGCAUAGUUCUGCUAGAGAUUGAGCUGGGGACAGUUAUCGAAGAUCACUAUGAUGACGAGUGCCAUGCCCCUGAUGGAGAACUCAACACUGAUGCGGACCUGUAUGUCGCCCUCAAGCUUUUCGAUGACCCUGAUAGGUUGGAAGAUACCUUUCCGCUGCUGAAGUCCGUCAUUGGUGACUGUCUAAGACCUUCCAAGUUCAUGCAACAUCGUCACAGUGUUGAGGAGCUGCGCAAGGUGUUACAGGAAGAGGUGGUAGACCACUUACACACUCUCAUCGGACUUUACGGCCAUCCAGACAAAAUUAACCUAAGGCCAACCGUACAGAUGCAGCCGUCACGGAUGAGGCCAACCACACAAAAACGCCCCGUCUCUCGCCCUGUGCCUCUGCAACAACCACAAGCCCCAAAACAACUACCAAUGGACGAAUACCGACCCGUGAACGCCAAAUCUGUCGCCUCUAACGGAGCGGUGGCCAGCUGCAUCACACAGGCCUCGGCCGAGGCUUGGUUCGAGGAGUUGGACGAGCUCAACGAGGUCCUCUCUUCUCUACCAAGCGAGACUGAUCAAACAUACAAACAAGUCCGUGUUGCGGUCAUUGAUACGGGAAUCGACGGGACCGACUCUUAUGCCAGGCACAUACGAGGAUACCGAGAUUUCGUUACGGACAGGGAUGACGUGAAGCAAGACAAUACCGGGCAUGGUACUAACUCGGUUAAGCUCAUAUUUAAAGUCUACGCCGAAGCAGAGGUGUAUGUUGCUAGAGUAUUUGAGUCGGACGAGGCGAAUGAUGACACACAAGACCUUAUGUUAGAGGCAAUCGAACAUGCGAAGAAUGUCUGGCAGGUGGAUGUCAUCAGUAUUGCGUCCGGGUUCGAGCGAGACCAUGCACUCAUGAGACGGGCGAUCAAAAGAGCCGCUAGUGACGGAACUCUCGUCUUUGCAGCGGCAUCGAACUACGGAAACAUCAGACAGGUCACCUUUCCUGCUCGCAUGCAGGACGUGAUCUGUAUUUACUGUACAGAUGGUCGAGCAAAGGUCUCGCAGUCGAUCAACCCAGCUGCGCAGACCACUAAGUCCAGGAACUUUGCCAUUCUUGGUGAGGGGGUUUCAGUGCCUCCGUCGAUACGAGAGCAGCUUACGGGCACGUCAGUGGCAACAAGCAUCGCGGCCGGUCUCGCGGGCCGUUUGCUUGACUUUUCACGACAGAAAGAUUGCCGGCAGAAUAUACGAUGUGUAGGGAACUUGGCGAGUGUUGAGGGCAUAUCCGCGAUGUCGCAGCAACCUCCUUACUGGCAAGGCUCCCAGGGCGGUCCCCCCCCUCAACCGGGCUAUCCGGGACAGCAGCAGUCUGGCCAGGGCUACUACCAGCCACCUCCAGGCCAACAACCGCCUUACGGCUACCAGCAGCAAGGCCCAACUGGAGGACAGCCAAAUCAACCAUAUCCUCCUGCAGGCCAACAGUAUCCUCCCCCAGGUCAGCAAGGCCAAUACCAGCAGCAUUCACAAGGCUAUCCACAACAGCCUCCUUACGGCCAGCAACCCCCAGGACACCAGGCUCCUUAUGGCCAACAGCCUCCUCCAGCUACUUAUGGACAGGGACAGUAUCCGCCCCAGCAAUAUGGUGGCCCCCAGCAGGGCCAGCCUCCAUACCCAGGUCAGCAACAGCAACAGCCACCUUAUCCAGGCCAGCAAUUGCAUCAGCAGCCUGGACAGCAGCAAUAUGGUGCACCUGCAGUCAUCGUUCCUCCAACUCCAGCAUCGCCAGGUUACGACCCCGCCCAGAAAGCAUGGGUUAAGCCUGUAGACACCGCAGCAGACGUGGAGGCUCUCCGAAAGGCCAUGAAGGGAAUGGGUUGUGAUGAAAAGGCUCUGAUUCGUGUUCUUGUCAGCCCUAAAUACGCUGAUCCAUGGACGAUGGCUCAGCUGGUUCGGGACUACAAUAGCCGUUUCAUGCGCGACCUCGCAAAGGACAUUGAAAGCGAGACCCGUGGCGACUUUGAAACAUGUCUUCUCGCUCUAGUCCGUGGACCACUGGAGAAUGACGUUCAAAAUCUGUCAAAGGCUCUUAACCGCGCGGGCACCGAUGAAGAUGCCUUGAACGAUGUUCUUCUUUGCCGCUCAAAUGCAGAUAUUCGUGCUAUUACCGCCGAGUACAAGCGUUUCCGAGGCAAAGAACUUCUGGUCGAUAUUAAGGAAGAUGUCGACGAUACCCUCUACCGACUCUACAGCAUGGUCCUUGCCGCUAGGCGAGCGGAGGAUAACGCUCCAGUGAUUCCUCACGAGAUUGACCAGAAGAUUACAGAACUGCAAAGGGCCACUGAGGGUACAAUCGGCGCCAACGCUGUGUCUGUAGCCCAGAUAUUCACUAGCAGCAACGACGCCCAAAUCCGUGCAAUGAACGAUGCAUACCAACACAAAUAUCACCGCAGUCUUGAGAGUGUUAUUGAGAAGGAGUUCCGCGGUGACAUGGAAGACGUGCUGCUGCGAAUUCUCUACCAUGCACAGGAUCGAGCUCGAGCGGAUGCAGGCAGACUCAGUAUGCCACUAAACAAGUCCAUGCGCAAGGACCGUCUCUUCAUCAACAGACUCGUCAGUCUCUACUGGGAUCAGGGGCGCUUAUAUCAGACAAAGCAGGCGUACAAGCCAGUGACUGGUGCUACGUUGAGUGGGAAUAUCAAGUCGGUUCUGAGCGGCGAUUACAAGGACUUUGCUCUGGCAUUGAUUGGCGAGAAAUAG